AAUUAAUAGUUCAAGAACAUGCAAUAACAUAGCAAAAGCAAAAACCGUGUAGAGUGCCUAUAAUUUCAAGAAAUUCUAAGUUAAGAAAGCAAAAAAAAUAAAAUAAAAAAUACAGACUUUAUGGAGAAAAAUAAAGAAGCCAAGGAGAUCAAACCAACACAAAUAGAAAGGUGGCUAAGGAAGCACAAGUUGCAAUACACUGCAGCCACUAGACACCCUUUUGUUUAUAGCAUCCAUGAUGGUUCUAUUGAUUUCUCUUCUUUCAAGAAAUGGCUGGAAAGGGAAUACGUGUUUGUGAAAACGGCGUUGGCACCAUUUGCAGCUAGUGUUUUGCUUAAAGCCUGGAAGUCAGUUGAUAGCUCUGAUGUUGAAGUCAUGUUGGUUGGUUUGGGCUAUUUAAAUGAUGAGAUUUGUUGGUUAAAAAAGGAGGCUCCCAAGUGGCACAUUUCCUUGACAAGUGUUGUUGUUGAUCACAAGCCCGUCCUUGAUUACUUUAGGUUUUUUGAACGGCUGACAAGAUCAGACGUGAAAUAUGCCGAAGCAGUAACCAUUUUAUGGGCAGUAGCAUCAGUUUAUCACUGCGGUUUUGGGCAUUGUUUGGAAGAAGGAAAUAACACUCCAGAAGAAAUGAAAGAGGGUUGUAAAAUAUGGGGCAAUGAGAGUUUCAAACAAUAUUGUCAAUCACUUGAAAACAUAGCUAAUGCAAGGCUAGAAGAGGCAUCAGAAGAAGAAGUGUCAAAGGCUGAAGUUCUAAUCCUCGAGUUUCUUGAGAAUGUGGUUCAUUUCUGGAGUGUGAGUCUCGGUGAAACUUAAAGUUUUUGUUUAGUGGUAUUAGGCCGUCCAACGUUUAAUAUGGUUCCUGUUACUUAUAAUAUGUGGUCUUUAAUUCCCUGUAUGGCUGUAUACCAUGUGAAAAUCUGGUCUAGUUAAAAAAAAGUAUAUUAAUGUAAAUGGAGCAUGAGUAUAGUAUUGUACUUUGUUAUUGUUGACCAAUGAUGAUUAUGCUUUUGCUUGUCCCUUUAA